AUGACACUCUAUUUAGUUACAGAUGCAUUUCGUAAACUUGGGUCACCUGGUAUUAAAAAUGAUGAUUUUUAUGAUCGAUUAAGUCGUAAAUAUUCAUUAAUUAUACUUGGUGUUUCAUUUUUAAUUGUUAGUUCAUCACAAUUUGUUGGUAAUCCAAUUAAUUGUUAUACACAAAAUAUUGCUGGUGGUCAUGUAAGUUAUGUUAAUUGGGUUUGUUGGAUAAGUUCAUCAUAUUAUGUACCAUUUGAAAAACCAUUACCAACACGUUAUGAAGAAAAACCAGAAAAAAUUCCAUAUUAUCAAUGGGUACCAUUUAUAUUACUUUGUAUGAUGUUUCUUUUCUAUUUACCUGGUUUUGUAUGGCGUAAUCUCAAUAAAUCAUGUGGUAUUAAUACAAAAAUUAUUGUUAAAAUGGUUACUGAUAUGGAUCAAUUAGAUGGUGAAAAACGAGAAAAAACUAUACGAUCUUUAGCAAAACAUAUUGAUAAAGCAUUAGCUUAUCAUCGAGAAUAUGAAUAUGGGUUAAUGUAUAAUAUUCGUCGACGUAUUGGAUCAUUUUGUUGUAUAAUGGGUCGUCAUUCAGGAAAUUAUUUAGCAAUGACAUAUGUAUUUGUUAAAUUACUUUAUAUAGCUAAUGCUAUUGGUCAAAUAUUUCUUUUGAAUAUAUUUAUGGGUCGUGGAUUUCAUUUUAUUGGUAUUGAAACAAUAAAACGUUGGUUAAAUGGACAAGAUAUGGCUGUUGUUGAACGUUUUCCACGAAUAACAAUGUGUAAAUUUUCUAUUCGAGCACUUGGUGAUAAUAUUCAACCAUUUGAUGUUCAAUGUCUUUUACCAAUUAAUAUUUAUAAUGAAAAAAUUUUCUUAUUCAUUUGGUUUUGGCUUGUUUUUGUUGCUUGUGCAUCAAUUUAUGGUCUUAUUAAAUGGUUUUAUUAUUUUACAUUAGAUGCACGAACAAAUUUUAUUCAAAGAUUUUUACAAGCAAAUGAAAUUCGUUAUUAUAAAUCAUCAACACCAUCAUCAUUAUCAACAACUGGUAUAACUUCAAAUAGUGAUCAUGAUGAUCAAGUACCAAUGAAACGUUUAGAAGAUUUUGUUAAUAAUUAUUGUCGUCAAGAUGGUCUUUUAUUAUUACGUAUUAUUAAAAAAAAUACAAAUAAUGUUAUUGCUGGUGAAGUUAUUUGUGCUUUAUGGGAUAAUUGGAAAGUUAUGCCACAAAUUCGUUUUAAUGCAUCAUUAGAAUCAGAUCAUUGUGAACAAAUGAUGAGUUUAGGUAUGAAAAGUCCAUUAAAACAACGUGAUGUAGGUGACGUUAAUGAAAAAUUAUUACCAACAAUGUGA